GCGGCGGCCAUGUGAUGGCUGUAAGAUGGCGGCAUUCUUGGUAAUGGGCUGAGGAUGACAGAGUACAGUGGAUGUUACUUGGAUGUCCUGGUUUGCUUCGAUGCAGUCUGGAGUGACGCUAAUGAUCGGCUGACGAAGGAGAGCGUUCUUGCCUUCCAACCAAACCGAGGAGCUCAGUAGAAUCCAGCACAGAAUUUUUAAUGUAUUUUGGUAAUCAAUGCUUCAAGUGAAUAAGAAAGAAACUGGUGUAAAAUAGAUCGUAUAUGAUUGUAAGGGCUACAUCGUUCUAAUUAUGCUUGUAGAGGCAUUUUUCUAGAUGUGUUUUAAAAUACUUGGACCUUCUCAUGGGUGUCAGUAAAUUGGACGUUCUCUAUAGGCGAUUCCUUCUUACAAAACUUUUCAUCCAGGGAUGGGGAAAGCCAGAUGAUCUCAGAAGGUUGUUUGAAUUUAGGAAAACAAUAGGAAACAGAGAAAAAUGUCAACAGUUGGUACCAAAAGACUAUCCUAUAUUCAUUGACAAGGUGGAGGAACAGGCUGAUUGUCAGAUCAUGGAUGGACACUUUGUGUCCCCACUGGAUCAUUAUCUGCCAGGGAUUAUGCCAACUGAAUCUGUCAAUGCAAGGUUUCAGUUUAUAAUUCCCAAAGAAUGGAAGAGUAAAUACCGACCUGUAUGCAUUCAUCUGGCAGGCACUGGAGACCAUUUUUACUGGCGAAGACGCACCUUGAUGGCUCGUCCAAUGAUAAAGGAAGCAUGCAUUGGAUCACUUCUUUUGGAAAACCCAUACUAUGGCUACAGGAAACCUAAAGAUCAAGUGAGGUCAAGUUUAAGGAAUGUUUCUGAUCUUUUUGUGAUGGGAGGAGCUCUGGUUCUGGAGUCUGCAGCUCUUCUUCAUUGGUUGGAGAGAGGGGGCUACGGACCUUUAGGAAUGACUGGGAUAUCCAUGGGAGGACAUAUGGCGUCAUUAGCUGCAACUAACUGGCCCAAGCCCAUACCACUUGUACCCUGUCUAUCUUGGUCAACAGCUUCGGGAGUUUUUACUACAGGUGUGUUGAGCAAAGCAGUGAACUGGAGUGAGCUGGAAAAACAAUAUGCCACUGAAACUGUUUAUGAGGAAGAAAUUAUCAGAUUACUAGAAUACUGUGGAAUGGAUUCCUUCAAAAUGGGUCAAGAUUUUGUAAAGAACUCCUCAUCCACUUUGGACAAUUGGCAACACUUUGACUUUGCCACAGACAUGCAAGAAUUAAAUGUCAAGAGAGAAAUUUUGAAGACUGCGACGGUUACUCAGUUCAGUCCAGACACUGCUGCCUUUAAUGCCUCUGCACGAGAGUUUUUGCUUCAAGGAACCUCGCACAGUGGCUCUCAGAGUCACAGAAGCCCUUCAACAAACACUAGAAAGCUUUUAUCCUCUGUAAAACAUGAACCAUUAAAGAGAGAAAAGAGGAAGACCUCCCUAGAACGAGAAUCCAUACUCUUCAUGAAAGGAGUCAUGGAUGAAUGUACACAUGUGGGAAAUUUCUCAGUGCCAGUAGACCCUAGUCUGAUCAUAGUGGUACAAGCAAAAGAAGAUGCCUACAUUCCUCGAGCUGGAGUACGGAGCCUUAAUGAAAUCUGGCCUGGAUGUGAAAUCAGAUACUUGGAAGGGGGUCAUAUUAGUGCCUACCUAUUCAAACAAGGCCUCUUCAGACAAGCCAUUUAUGAUGCAUUUGAACGAUUCCUUCAGAAGUACUCCAUCUAGCACGGAAUGCUAAUUGUAGUCAACUUGUGGUUUUCAUUUGUGGCUGAUGUCAUUACACAGAGUUCUAAUCACUGCUACAAGGAAUAUCAUUGGGCAAGCAACUUUGCACUGAAGAUGGGGAGUUUAAUCAUCCUCUAUUAGUUGGAAGCCACAUAGCGAAAGAGAAACAGAAGAACUGUAUACCAACCUAAUAGAAACUAUUAUUGGUCUCAUAUUUCAAAAUUUGUUGAAACUCAAUAACUAUAUUCAUAAUUGGUGCAACCAUGCCACUCAUAGUAACAUGAUUCUCCACUUGAUGAGUUUUUACAUCUUACCAGUAAGUUUUAUUAGAUCUGUUGAAGAGUGCUUAACUUUAUUUUUUGACAAGUAUGAACUUCAGGGAAAACAGACACUUGUGUACAAGAAAAUACAAACGAAGAAACAAAUAUGUAUUUUAAAACUGACUUGAACAAGAGUAUUAGUAAUGUGCAAAAUAUAUAAAAGGGAGGAACAUGGUGCUACUUUGAGUUAUAUUGUGCCUACAGAAACUACAGAAUUUAGAAUUCACAAUUCACUUGUGGCAAAGUGACAUUAUUUAAUGAAAUCGCAAAUGUCUGACAUGAACUGAAAAAGUAAUUGACACUUUAAUGUUAAAUCUGCUUUUCUGAAUCUACACUGGAAUUAAGAUCUCACAACAAUCUUGUAAUGAUGAUUGACUAAUCUUAGGAUUCAGUGCGUGAAAACUGAUUUUUGGUUUAAGUUUUAGUUCAUAUUGGAGAACUUGUAACUGAAAAUUAUUAAAGCAGCUCAAUGUCAUAUGUGAAUUUUAUAAUUAAAUUUAAAUACUUACAAUUUUCAUUAAUAAAACUCA